AUGAAUCUGGCUCCAAAUGCCCUCGACGGACGUCUUCUUCUUGCAGUUCCGAAGAAAGGACGUCUAAAUGAAAAGUGUAUGCAGAUACUAGCAGGCGCCGACAUUCAAUUCAGAAAACACGCAAGAUUGGAUUUAUGUGUUUCCCUAAACUUACCGAUCGCCCUUGUCUUUCUCCCAGCUGCAGACAUUCCCAGUUUCGUGGGUAAAGGAAACGUCGAUCUGGGCAUAACAGGCCACGAUGUCAUUCUCGAAUCCAAAAUGAAAGAUCACAUAUCCGAAGAGCUUCGAUUAGGAUUCGGAAAAUGUGCGCUUCAAGUACAAGUACCAGAGGCUGGACCAGUACAAACCGUGGAAGACCUUGCAGGGAAAAGGAUAGUUACGAGUUUUGAAGUUCUGGCUGCGGAGUACUUUGGAAAGCUGGAUAAGAAACUUGGGUUGAUGGGUGAUCAGGCUACGAAGAUUGAGUAUGUGGGAGGGAGUGUAGAGGCUGCUUGUUCUCUGGGGUUGGCAGAUGGGAUAGGUAUCGUUGUUCAUUCUUUUGAUUCCUCGGUGUUGAUUUUCUGA